GAAAUAAGAUCCGGUUUGUCGAACAGGAAGCGAGGAGAUACUGAUGGCGCCCGACUAGAAUGGAGUAGCAAUUAUCGCGUACAACUUCUUAUACUGUUUGGCGUGUCUACUAAGUCAUAAACGAAUUCAACUCGCAAUACACGAUGGAAGGGGAGAUAGAGGUGGAGAGCAGCAGUGAUGUGGGUCCGUCAGGGUCCAGGAUGGAGGAGCCGUCGGAGAGCGGUAUGGGCAUGGAGUCCUCAGAGGCCAUGUCUGCAGACAGCAGUGAUGCAGCGGCCCACCAUGCAUCCCAACAUCACAGCCAGCACCACCACGGGCACGGUCGCCACGGACACGGUCACCACGGCAUUGCCCCAGAGUCAGACUGCCACGUGGGACAGAGCUCAGAGGGGGUCCUGGUGUUCCUACCAGAGACUAGCUCCAGUACGGAUGUCACCCACCACAGGGCCACCGUCCACCUCCCAGACUCUUCAUCUGUGGCCCAGUCCACCAGCGUCUCCACUGUAACGCAGUCCAUCCUGGUGUCUGGGUCAGCCCAGGUGAUGGUUCACUCCAGCGCGGCGGUGUCUGACUCGACAGCCUCCACCUCCUCAGAUCUGGGAUCAGCCAUAGACAAGAUCAUAGAGUCCACCAUCGGACCCGACAUCAUGAACGGUUGUAUAGCAGUGACCAGUGCAGAGGACGGCGCUGCAGAGACCAGUGAGGGUCAGUAUUUGAUACUACAAGGAUCAGAUGAUGCCCACACGUCAACCUCGGCCCUGUCCAGCCAUCACCGCAUCACCAUCGAGGCUCUGGGAGAGGGUCCUACCUCCACCUGCCACGACCAGGGAGACAUGCAGGAUAACCUGCACCGUGACCAGCCAGACCAGCCCUCUGGCAGCCACUACCCAGACCAUGAGGACCAGGACAACCAGCACUCCCACGCAUCUCAGUACAUGGACUGUAGCGGUGGAGACGCAGACAGACCAGACCAGACUGGAGAGUCGUCCUCCUCGUAUGUAGACGACGAGGAACCUGACCAGAUGAGGAUCUCGUCCCGGUCUCUGUCCCGCUUCCCGGAGUACGGUGUAGUCGACAACUCUGACCAGGACCUGCGGGGGUACGUGGAGGGUAGCGGAGCCGCCGACUCYAACCCCUCGUCCCCCGGCAUUCGACGACGCCACUCUCACUAUGUUGUGGACUGCAGUGCGGGGACGGAGGUGUACAUGGAGUGUGAAGAGGAUUUGAGGCCGCAGCACUCUCAGAGCUACAUCGACAGCAGCAGCAGAGCUAACCACUCCCAGAGUCACCGUACCCUACAGCAGUAUGUGGAGUUUGUUGCUGCAGAUUCAGAGCAGCCCGGUUGUUCCAACUACCAGGAUCAGGAAGGGCAAAGGGAGGACCCAAACAAGAGCCCAGACCAGAACCAGGGCCCAGACCAGAACCAGAACCCAGACCAGCCACAGCACUCUGACCAGCAGCAGCCCCAGCACUCCCACUACAUGGAGACCACCAGCAGCAGCACUGGCCCAGAGGCCUCCCCGGGCCGGUACACUGGGAUAGGGGAGGGAGGCGAGGGCUCCUCCACAGACCACCACCACCCCCAGGCAGACACUGUGGGAUCAGACCACCACCACCCCGAAGCAGACACUGUGGGAUCAGACCACCACCACCCCGAAGCAGACACUGUGGGAUCAGACCACCACCACCCCCAGGCAGACACUGUGGGAUCAGACCACCACCACCCCGAAGCAGACACUGUGGGAUCAGACCACCACCCCGAAGCAGACACAGCAGGCUCAGCAGAGGCUAUGGAGUGCACAGAGAGCCAGCCUGGCCCUUACAUCAGCAGCAGUGGGACCUACUCCUCCCGCCUGGAGCCUGACGUUGAGGGGGCCCCUGAGCCUCAGUGGUCCCCCAGUCUGGGGAGGCCUUUCAGGGGAGAGGAGGGUGGCAUGGUGGGGGGGUCUAGAUCUUCAGCCGGGGAGGAGGGGGGGGCUGGAAGAGGACCAGGGGUCACCGUCCCCCACACCAUGGCUGAACUGGAGGAGAUGAUGGAGGUAGUGAUCGUUCAGCAGUUUAAGUGCAAGAUGUGUCCCUACAAGAGCGUCUCCAAAGACACCCUCAUCAACCACAUGAGAGACAGGCACUUCAAACCCACAGGUGGCCCCCCUCCUAAGAAGCGUGGUCGGCCCAGGCGUAGUGAUACGUUGGCCUGUCAGCAGGCUGAGGUGAAACCAGAGCCACASCCUGAGGAGCCAGAGGACGAAGACAUCGUAGAUGCUGGGGCCAUCGAUGACUCUGAAGAGGACAGUGACUAUAACCCAGCAGAUGAGGACUGUAGGGGCAGACAGCCUGCCCUGCUGAGACAACCUGCCCCUCCUCCCUGCUCCUCCACAGACCGCCCCCGACGCAGGGUGGGACGCCCCAGGAAGUUCACCUACACAGAGGGCAGCUACAACUGCAAGGAAGCUGAGGGUGCAUCCAAGCAGCGUAACGGGAGUGGGGACCCUCAAGGCUCCGAGGAAGCCAGUUCCUCAGGCCUGGGAAACGGACCAGAUUCCUUGGCCAAUGGAAAAGCAGUGGAAGCCGGCAUCAGCCAGUCAGACUCUGAGAACAAAGACCCGUCACCCAAUGGGAGGCCGGAGGAGGCAGAGUUUUUCCCCAGGAAACGAGGUCGACCCUCCAAGCGGUUUCUCAGAAAGAAAUACAAGAAGUACAUGAAGUAUUACACGUCUCUGAAUCCCCUUCUGAGGCCUCACAACUGUUGGAUUUGUGGCUCUCGCUUCCUGUCCCAGGAUGACUUGAGGUUCCACGUAGACUCUCACCAAGGAAACGACCCAGAGUGCUUCAAGUGCCUGCAGUGUAACUAUCGCUGCAAACGAUGGUCCUCGCUCAAGGAACACAUGUUUAACCUCACCAGGGGCACAAGGCCGUGGAGUUUGAGGUUCAAGUGUGGUCACGUCGGGUCUGACCUAAGGUGUUUGUCGUUCCGCUGCUCCAGUGUGGUCUGUCUGACUCUCAGCAGGUAUCUAAGGUGUUGUCGUUCCCGUGACCAGUGUGGUCUGUCUGACUCUCAGCAGGUUUCUAAGGUGUUGUCGUUCCCGUGUCCAGUGUGCCACAGAGUCUACCCCAUGCAGAAGAGACUCACUCAGCACAUGAAGACACACAGUGCUGAGAAACCACACAUGUGUGACAAGUGUGGGAAGUCCUUCAAGAAGAGAUAUACGUUCAAGAUGCAUCUCCUCACACACAUCCAGAGUGUUGACAACAGCAGGUUCAAGUGUGAGUUCUGUGACUAUGACUGUGACAACAAGAAGCUCCUGCUCAACCACCAGCUGUCUCACGCCAACGACCGGCCCUUUAAAUGUGACUACUGUAAAUACUCCACCUCUAAAGAGGACUUCCUGGUCUCUCACCUGGCCAUCAAACACACAGGAGAAAAGCCGUUCUCCUGUGAGAUGUGCCACUUCAUGACGAAGCACCGUAAGAACCUGGGUCUGCACGUCCAGUGUCGCCACCCGGAGGCGUUUGAGGAGUGGAGCGCUACGCACCCCGAGGAUCCCGUCAGGCGGAGGAGGAGACCCUUCUUCACCCAGCAACAGAUAGAGGAACUCAAACAGCAACACGACGACACAGCGAGCCUACAGAAUACUAUAGUAGCAGUGGAUUCUGACACACUACAAGCCAUGCAGACAAUGCAGAACGCCUCAGUCUCCCAAGAUGCAAUGGGAAACACCACCAUUACUUACGAACAGGCCGGGAAUUCGAACCUGUCAGCCCAGAAUGCACUGGAUCUGCUGUUGAAUAUGAGCAACGCCAGACAGUUGGUGGAAAACUCACUACAGGUACAGAUGUUGAAAUCAUCGGACUCUGAGGUUCUAAACGCAGGCUCCUGGACAGCGGUUACCUCAGCGACCACGGGAGCACAAAAGGUUGUGACGUUCCACAUGUCUGAGAAUGGGGAGACCCUGGUGCAAGAGGUCCAAGAGGUCUAUGAGGCUGGGACCAAUGAGAAUGGAGAGAUUACUCAGAUAGCCGUCCAGGCCUAUGAGGGGGCAGAGGGCUUCAGUGUGGUGGAACAGAUGGAACAGGCUACACAGGAGAUAGAAAGCACUGGACCUGGAUACAGUAGUGACGUGGGCAGUCCCCAGCCCAUGGAGGAAGAGCAGGAGGGAACAACAACACUCAAAGAGAACAGAGACACCCAGUACUACCUGACCUCUGGUGUGGGGGAUGGAGUUCUACAGCAGGUAGAGCUAAGCAGUGAGGUCCCCGGUUCCCCCUCCAUGGUGGGAUCCCACCAGGACCAGAACCAGCUCAACCCAAAGAGGUUCUCCUGUCGUAUCUGCUCCGAGUCGUUCCAGGGCCGCAGUGGCAUGGAGAACCACAAGAGGGCCCACAUCGACCCCUCCACCUUCAAGUGUCCCGACUGUGACUUCACUGCCUCCUCCUGGCCAGACGUCAAGACCCACAUGGGCAUGCAUACCUACCUGCGGCCUCACAAGUGCCCCAGCUGCAGCUUUGCCUCCAAAAACAGGAAGGACCUGAGGAGACACGUUAUGACGCAUACCAACGAGAAGCCCUUCACCUGCCAGAUCUGUGGACAGAGGUUUAAUCGUAACGGCCACCUCAAGUUCCAUAUGGAGCGUCUCCACAGCCAGGACCCUCCGACAAGGGAGACCCAUUCUGGAGGAGGCUCCCAGCAGCAGACCUUUAUAGUCAGCAGUGACGAGGAGGCUCUCGCCGUGCUACAGUCCCUGCAGGCAGGACAGACCAUCAGUCCGGAGCAGAUACAGAAGGCCCUGGGUCAGGACAACAUUAUAGUGUCCCAGGAACAGGGCCUGGAUCAGGACCACAUUAUAUUGUCCCAGGAACAGGGCCUGGAUCAGGACCGCAUUAUAUUGUCCCAGGAACAGGGCCUGGAUCAGGACCGCAUUAUAUUGGCCAGGAACAGGGCCUGGAAGACAAGGAGGAGGCCACGUACAUCAGCAGAUCACCACAGUGGACGGACAGACGUUACAGUACAUAACAGGAGAUAACCAGGUCCAGUAUGUCAUCUCUCAGGAUGGAGUCCAACACUUCCUACCCCAGGAGUACGUGGUGCUGGCAGACGGGAAUCACAUCCAGAUGCAGAUGGACAGAUCAUCCAAUAUGAGAAUGAUGGGGCCUUCCUACAGGAGCAACAGAUUUCCCUGAGUCAUGACGGCCAGAUCCAGUAUCUUCCCAUCAGUUCAGAACAACAGAUAGUCAGUCCUGAAGACUCGGAGGUUGCUGAACAUUCUGCUGUCACCGUCAUAGCAGAUGCCGCAACGCAGCAGACACAGACAGUCUACGCUGAGGCCACACAAGAACAGCUGGAGCUGCUACAGCAGCAGGGCAUCCAGUAUGAUGUAGUCACCUUCACCGACGAGCAGAGAUGACGUCAUCACCUUCAGAUGGGAUGGAUGGGAUGGGGACCUGCUUUAAAGGACAGAGAGACAGGCCUGCAGUGCAGGACCCAGUGUGAUGGAACCACUAUGAGCUGACAGAGGGGCCAAUGACAUACAUCGUUUUUUUAUUUUAAUGAUUUAACCUUUAUUUAACUAGACAGGUCAGUUAAGAACAAAUUCUUAUUUACAAUG